UUUUCCUAGCAGUAGGAACACCCCUGGAGGCUGGCCCUCGCCGGCCUGCCCUCCCACCCCGCAGGCUCUGCAGACCCAGCCAGCGGGGCUGACCACUUGUGCCUGGGAAGCCAGCUAGCUCACUUUCCUUCCUCGGGCCACCGGUAUGCUUGUGCCUUGCACAGCCAGGGACUCACAGCUGUCCAAGUUGCAGACUUUCUGACUUGCAUUUUCAGCCGAGAAUGCAGGCUGAUAAAUACAGGUUAAGUAGUAGAAGUGUCAAAAAGGAGCUGGUGAUCGAGUCCCCUCUGCAACGCAAGGAUGCAACUCAGGGAGAAGUGGAAGCAGAGAGCCCAGGGCCAGUACUGGCCAAGCCAAAGCUGAUUGAGCCACUUGACUAUGAAAAUGUCAUCGUCCAGAAGAAAACACAGAUCCUGAACGACUGUUUAAGGGAGAUGCUGCUGUUCCCUUAUGAUGACUUUCAGACUGCCAUUCUGAGACGACAGGGUCGAUACUGGUGUUCCACAGUUCCUGCAAACGCACAAGAGGAGGCGCAGAGCUUAUUUGUGACAGAGUGCAUCAAAACCUAUAACUCUGACUGGCAUCUUGUGAACUAUAAAUAUGAAGAUUACUCAGGAGAGUUUCAACAGCUUCCAAACAAAGUGGCCAAGUUGGAUAAGCUUCCAGUUCAUGUCUAUGAAGUUGAUGAGGAGGUUGACAAAGACGAGGAUGCUGCCUCCCUUGGCUCUCAGAAGGGUGGCAUCACCAAGCAUGGGUGGCUGUACAAAGGCAACAUGAACAGUGCGAUAAGUGUCACCAUGAGGUCAUUUAAAAGACGGUUUUUCCACCUGAUUCAACUUGGUGAUGGAUCCUACAAUUUGAGUUUUUAUAAAGAUGAAAAGAUCUCCAAAGAACCGAAAGGAUCUAUAUUUCUGGAUUCCUGUAUGGGUGUGGUUCAGAACAACAAAGUCAGGCGCUUUGCUUUUGAGCUCAAGAUGCAGGACAAAAGUAGUUAUCUUUUGGCAGCAGACAGUGAGGUGGAAAUGGAAGAAUGGAUCACAAUUCUAAACAAGAUUCUCCAGCUCAACUUUGAAGCUGCGAUGCAAGAAAAGCGAAACGGAGACUCUCAUGAAGAUGAUGAACCAAGCAAAUUGGAAGGUUCUGGUUCCGGUUUAGAUAGCUACCUGCCUGAACUUGUUAAGAGUACCCGAGAUGCAGAAAUCAAACUGAAAAGUGAAAGCCGAGUUAAACUUUUUCACUUGGACCCAGAUGCCCAGAAGCUUGACUUCCCAUCAGCUGAACCAGAAGUGAAGCCAUUUGAAGAGAAGUUUGGGAAGAGAAUUCUUGUCAAGUGCAAUGAUCUGUCUUUCAAUCUGCAGUGCUGUGUUGCCGAAAAUGAAGAAGGACCCACUACAAAUGUCGAGCCUUUCUUUGUUACCCUCUCCCUGUUUGACAUCAAGGACAACCGGAAGAUUUCUGCCGAUUUCCAUGUGGACCUGAACCAUUUCUCAGUGAGGCAGAUGCUGGCCACCACGUCCCCGGCUGUGAUGAAUGGCAGCGGGCGGAGCUCGCCUGCGCUUCAGGACAUCCUUCAUGAAGCCGCCAUGCAGUAUCCGAAGCAGGGAAUAUUUUCAGUCACGUGUCCUCACCCAGAUAUAUUUCUCGUGGCUAGAAUUGAAAAGGUCCUUCAGGGGAGCAUCACGCAUGGCGCUGAGCCUUACAUGAAAAGUUCAGACUCUUCUAAGGUUGCUCAGAAGGUGCUGAAGAAUGCCAAGCAGGCAUGCCAAAGACUAGGACAGUACCGGAUGCCAUUUGCUUGGGCAGCAAGGACAUUGUUUAAGGAUACAUCUGGAAACCUUGACAAGAAUGCCAGAUUCUCUGCUCUCUACAAGCAAGACAGCAACAAGCUCUCCAAUGAUGACAUGCUCAAGUUACUUGCAGACUUUCGGAAACCUGAGAAGAUGGCUAAGCUCCCAGUGAUUUUGGGCAAUCUAGACAUUACAAUUGACAAUGUUUCCUCAGACUUUCCUAAUUAUAUCAAUUCAUCAUACAUUCCCAUAAAGCAAUUUGAAACCUGUACAAAAACUCCAAUCACGUUUGAAGUAGAGGAAUUUGUGCCCUGUUCACCAAAACACACUCAGCCCUACACUAUCUACAACAACCACCUUUAUGUUUAUCCUAAGUACUUGAAAUAUGACAGUCAGAAGUCUUUUGCCAAGGCCAGAAAUAUUGCUAUUUGCAUUGAAUUCAAAGAUUCAGAUGAAGAAGACUCUCAGCCUUUGAAGUGCAUUUACGGCAGACCCGGUGGGCCGGUGUUCACAAGAAGCGCCUUUGCUGCCGUUUUACACCACCAUCAAAACCCAGAAUUUUAUGAUGAGAUUAAAAUAGAAUUGCCCACCCAGCUACAUGAAAAGCACCACUUGUUGUUCACAUUUUUCCAUGUCAGCUGCGACAAUUCAAGUAAAGGAAGCACAAAGAAGAAGGAUGUUGUUGAAACACAAGUGGGAUAUUCCUGGCUUCCUCUUCUGAAAGAUGGAAGGGUGGUGACCAACGAGCAGCACAUUCCCGUCUCAGCUAAUCUCCCAUCUGGCUACCUUGGCUACCAGGAGCUUGGGAUGGGCAGGCAUUGUGGUCCAGAAAUCAAAUGGGUAGAUGGAAGCAAGCCACUGCUGAAAGUUUCAACUCAUCUGGUUUCCACGGUGUAUACCCAGGAUCAGCAUUUGCAUAAUUUUUUCCAGUACUGUCAGAAAACUGAAUCGGGAGCCCAAGCCCUAGGGAAUGAACUUGUAAAAUACCUUAAGAGCCUGCACGCCAUGGAGGGCCACGUGAUGAUUGCCUUCCUGCCCACCAUCCUAAACCAGCUGUUCCGAGUCCUCACCAGAGCAACUCACGAGGACGUCGCCGUCAACGUGACACGGGUCAUUAUUCAUGUGGUUGCCCAGUGCCAUGAGGAAGAAUUGGAGAGCCACUUGAGGUCAUAUGUUAAGUAUGCUUAUAAGGCUGAGCCAUAUAUUGCCUCUGAAUAUAAGACAGUGCAUGAAGAACUGGCCAAAUCCAUGACCGCAAUUCUCAAGCCUUCUGCUGAUUUUCUCACCAGCAACAAACUGCUUAAGUAUUCGUGGUUUUUCUUUGAUGUUUUGAUAAAAUCCAUGGCUCAGCAUUUGAUAGAGAACUCCAAAGUUAAGGUUUUGCGAAACCAGAGAUUUCCUGCGUCCUAUCAUCAUGCAGUGGAAACAGUUGUGAAUAUGCUGAUGCCACACAUCACUCAGAAGUUUCGAGAUAACCCAGAUGCAUCGAAGAAUGCGAAUCACAGCCUUGCUGUCUUCAUCAAGAGAUGUUUCACCUUCAUGGACAGGGGCUUCGUCUUUAAGCAGAUCAACAACUACACCAGCUGCUUUGCUCCUGGAGACCCGAAGACCCUCUUUGAAUACAAGUUUGAAUUUCUCCGUGUGGUGUGUAAUCAUGAACAUUAUAUUCCGUUGAACUUACCAAUGCCAUUUGGAAAAGGCAGGAUUCAAAGAUACCAAGAUCUUCAGCUUGACUACUCAUUAACAGAUGAGUUCUGCAGAAACCACUUCUUGGUGGGACUAUUACUGAGGGAGGUGGGGACUGCCCUCCAGGAGUUCAGGGAGGUCCGGCUGAUCGCAAUCAGUGUGCUCAAGAACCUGCUGAUCAAACAUUCUUUUGAUGACAGAUAUGCUUCAAGGAGCCAUCAAGCGAGGAUAGCCACGCUCUACCUGCCUCUGUUUGGUCUGCUGAUAGAAAAUGUCCAACGGAUCAACGUGAGAGAGGUGUCCCCCUUCCCUGUGAACCCCGGCAGUACUGUGAAGGAGGAAUCGCUCACUUUGCCUGCUGUGAACCCGCUGGUGACGCCGCAGAAGUCCGGAAACACGCUGGACAACAGCCUGCACAAAGAUCUCUUCGGCGCCAUCUCUGGCAUCGCUUCUCCAUAUACAACUUCAACUCCAAACAUCAACAGUGUGCGAACAGCUGAUUCGAGAGGAUCCCUCAUAAGCACAGAUUCGGGGAACAGCUUUCCAGAAAGGAACUGUGAGAAAAGCAAUUCCCUGGAUAAGCACCAACAAAGUGGCACUUUGGGAAAUGCUAUGGUUCGCUGUGACAAACUUGAUCAGUCUGAGAUUAAGAGCCUGCUGAUGUGUUUCCUCUACAUCUUAAAAAGCAUGUCUGAUGAUGCUUUGUUUACAUAUUGGAACAAGGCUUCAACAUCUGAACUUAUGGAUUUUUUCACAAUAUCUGAAGUCUGCUUGCACCAGUUCCAGUACAUGGGGAAGAGAUAUAUAGCCAGGAACCAGGAAGGGUUGGGACCCAUAGUUCAUGAUCGAAAGUCUCAGACAUUGCCUGUUUCCCAUAACAGAACAGGAAUGAUGCAUGCCAGAUUGCAGCAGCUGGGCAGCCUGGAUAACUCUCUCACUUUUAACCACAGCUACGGCCACUCGGACGCCGAUGUCCUUCAUCAGUCCUUACUGGAAGCCAACGUUGCUACUGAGGUGUGCCUCACGACCCUGGACACUCUCUCUCUGUUUACACUGGCAUUUAAGAACCAGCUCCUGGCUGACCAUGGACAUAAUCCUCUCAUGAAAAAAGUUUUUGAUGUCUACCUGUGUUUUCUUCAAAAACAUCAGUCUGAAACAGCUUUAAAAAAUGUCUUCACUGCCUUAAGGUCGUUAAUUUAUAAGUUUCCCUCGACGUUCUACGAAGGGAGAGCCGACAUGUGUGCCGCCCUGUGCUACGAGAUCCUGAAGUUCUGUAACUCCAAGCUGAGCUCCAUCAGGACCGAGGCCUCCCAGCUGCUCUACUUCCUGAUGAGAAACAACUUCGACUACACUGGGAAGAAGUCCUUUGUGCGGACGCACUUGCAAGUCAUUAUUUCCGUCAGCCAGCUGAUAGCAGAUGUUGUGGGGAUCGGGGGAACCAGAUUCCAGCAGUCCUUGUCUAUCAUCAACAACUGUGCCAACAGUGACAGGCUCAUCAAGCACACCACCUUCGCCUCGGAUGUGAAGGACUUGACCAAAAGGAUACGCACGGUCCUCAUGGCCACUGCACAGAUGAAGGAACACGAGAAUGACCCGGAGAUGCUGGUGGACCUCCAGUACAGUCUGGCCAAGUCCUACGCCAGCACGCCUGAGCUCCGGAAAACGUGGCUGGACAGCAUGGCCAGGAUCCACGUCAAAAACGGGGAUCUCUCCGAGGCGGCAAUGUGCUAUGUCCAUGUCACAGCCCUGGUGGCAGAAUAUCUCACACGGAAAGGCAUGUUUAGACAGGGAUGCACAGCCUUCAGGGUGAUCACCCCAAACAUCGAGGAGGAGGCCUCCAUGAUGGAAGACGUCGGCAUGCAGGACGUGCAUUUCAACGAGGACGUGCUCAUGGAGCUCCUGGAGCAGUGUGCCGAUGGACUCUGGAAGGCCGAGCGCUACGAGCUCAUCGCCGACAUCUACAAGCUCAUCAUCCCCAUUUACGAGAAGCGGAGAGACUUUGAGAGGCUCGCCCAUCUGUAUGACACACUCCACCGGGCCUACAGCAAAGUGACUGAGGUCAUGCACUCAGGCCGCAGGCUCCUGGGCACCUACUUCCGAGUGGCCUUUUUCGGACAGGGAUUCUUUGAAGAUGAAGACGGAAAAGAGUAUAUUUAUAAAGAACCCAAACUCACGCCUCUGUCGGAAAUUUCUCAGAGACUCCUUAAACUUUACUCAGAUAAAUUUGGUUCUGAAAAUGUCAAAAUGAUACAGGAUUCUGGCAAGGUCAAUCCUAAGGACCUGGAUUCCAAGUAUGCGUACAUCCAGGUGACUCACGUCACCCCAUACUUUGAUGAAAAAGAAUUGCAAGAAAGGAAAACGGAGUUUGAAAGAUCUCAUAACAUUCGCCGCUUCAUGUUUGAGAUGCCCUUCACUCAGGCUGGGAAGAAGCAGGGUGGGGUCGAGGAGCAGUGUAAACGGCGCACCAUAUUGACAGCGAUACACUGCUUCCCGUAUGUGAAGAAGCGGAUCCCCGUCAUGUACCAGCACCACACCGACCUGAACCCCAUUGAAGUGGCCAUUGACGAGAUGAGCAAGAAGGUGGCUGAGCUUCGGCAGCUGUGCUCCUCGGCUGAAGUGGACAUGAUCAAACUCCAGCUGAAACUCCAGGGCAGCGUGAGUGUUCAGGUCAAUGCUGGUCCACUAGCAUAUGCCCGAGCUUUCUUAGAUGACACAAACACAAAAAGAUAUCCGGACAAUAAAGUGAAGUUGCUUAAAGAAGUUUUCAGGCAAUUUGUGGAAGCUUGUGGUCAAGCCUUAGCAAUAAAUGAACGCCUGAUUAAAGAAGACCAAUUAGAAUAUCAGGAAGAAAUGAAGGCCAACUACAGGGAAAUGGCAAAAGAGCUUUCUGAAAUCAUGCAUGAGCAGAUCUGCCCCCUGGAGGAGAAGACGAGCGUUUUACCAAAUUCCCUUCACAUCUUCAAUGCCAUCAGUGGGACUCCAACAAGCACCGUGGUUCACGGGAUGACCAGCUCGUCCUCAGUUCUGUGAUUCGCCUCAUGGACCACGCGUGGGGACUUGGUUUGUCAUUUGCAAACUCAGGAUGAUUUCCAAAGCUAAUCACUGGGCUCGUGCAAGACACGGGGAGACCGAGCACAAGGAGAAAUCAGGGGAAUGGGGGAGAAAGGAAACAAAGAAUUGUAUUACUUCAUAGCAGAUUUUUCUAGAGGAGUCAGAAGAGGGCACGUAUUUUUUUAAAUCUCGCUGGCAAUAUUCAAAGUUUUCAUUAUGUCUUAACACAGGUAUGUGGUGGACACUCAAAAACUGAAGCUAGAUUUAUUCUUCCUUACAAAGCAGUAUGGAAAUAAAUGGCCUAGAGAAACAAGUGUUCUGGAAUGAACAGAGCAGGGACAGUAGCACUGAAAUUGAGGCAGGGGUAACCCUAUGCCUCGAGGCUAAGCUGGGAAAUCUUGAAAAUAUUUUUUCCUGUGGCACAUUCAGGUUGAAUACAAGAACUAUUUUUGUGACUAGUUUUUGAUGACCUAAGGGAACUGACUGUUGUAAUUUUUGUACCAGUGAACCAGGAGGUUUAGUGCUUUUAUAUGUAUUUACUUGCAUCUAAAAAAAAACAAAAACAGAAAAGCUUAAGAGACGAUGUGAGCUUAAAACUAGUCAAGCAGUUUAGAACCAAAGGCCUGUAUUAAUAAAAACAGCUAUGCUAAAAGUUGAAAGUAACGCAGUAUAUUGUCAUGUACAUAUAGUUUGUUAAUCAGUCUCAGCGUUCUGUACAGAUGUGUUCCAUUUCUACAUUUUUAAUACUCCUCACAUGAGCUCCUUCAUUAAGUUUAAUUGUGACACAUUUGUGCUGUUCUUAGUGUAUACAAAACACUGACUUUACUGUUUUAUUCUUGUACAUAAAAAGUGCAAUAUGGAGAUGUGUACAGUCUUUGCUAUGUUAGGUUUAUAAACUGUUUUAAAAAGUUCAUCCUUUUGCCAAAGUGGUGGAGUAUGUCAUCGGUAAACCAUGAAUCCUGUGGUGAAUAACCAUGUGAUUUAAAGCUUUCACCAUGUUAUAUUUUCUUUUGAGACAUUAAUUUAGUAAUUUUAUAUUGGGGAAAAUAAAGGUUUUUAAUUUUAUUUAACUAGAAUCUCUGCCCUGCUGUAAUUAAACAUUCUGUACCACAUCUGUAUUAAAUAUAUGCUGAUUUUCUGGUUGUGAA